UAAUAUUAAGGAAGCCUUGAGAUGCCGUGUUUUGAAAUUAUUCCUUUUGAUAUACAGGCAGAUAUUCUACAUAAACAGCACAAUUACGACAUUGUUGUCCUAAUGUUUCACAAACAUGGACGUGGAAAUACUGUCUCAAAAUUUGCGACAAAUGGAACUGGUUCUGAUUUUUUUAAACAAAAAAGCGGGAUAUGUGCGCUGGAACUCUUCGAGAAGUUCAUGGAAGCAUCAGUUCCAUUGUCAUCACCUAUGGAAUGUACCACCAAUUCCUCAGCAGAUAUUGCUUCUGCAUCAACUUCAUCUUCAUCAGCUAUAUGUGCAACCAAUCCCUCAGCAGAUAUUGCUUCUGGUUCAGCAUUUGCAGCUUCUGUUCAAGGCCCCAAGUAAUGUGCCAUGUAUUAUCAAUGGCCAAUGAGAAAGCUCUUUACAUUUAUGCUUCAAAUUGUUAGUUAUCAUAUCCUCUGUUGUGUUAUAUUUAAUCCAUUGCACACUACACUAUGU